CGCAUUACCAUUGGAUAAUUUUCUUCCGCGCUUACCCUAUACAAACAAGAUGGCUGGGGUUGUUGAACUCCAGAAAUUGAAGUUGGCUGAGCUCAAGCAGGAGUGUGCUGUGAGGGGAUUGGCCGUGAAAGGAAACAAAGGUGACCUUAUUGGCCGGUUGCAGGCGUACCUUGAGGAGCAUGAAGAUGAGGUGAACGAAGAGGAGGUUUUGGGAGAGUUGGAGGACAAUCCUAAAGAGGAGGAAAUCAGUGAAACACCUGCAGAAGUGGCAGUAGAAGAGGCAGCUGUACCUGAAAAGGAUGCUGAGAAGCAAGUUGUAAAAAUCACUGCCCCAUCAGUUGCGGAUGAGAGGCUGCAGAAGAGGGCAGAGCGUUUCAACCUGCCUGCUACUGCUGCUAGUAAGAAAGAGGCCCGCGCUGCCAGAUUUGGUUUACCGGCUCUAUCACCGGCUUCCAAACCAGGUGCAUCAGUUGCAAAUAGUAAACUAACUGUCAGCGUUGAGGUCCUGAAGAAGCGGGCAGAGCGCUUUGGCAUGAACGUCUCCUCUGUCGCCAAAACGGUUGAAGUUGACGAGAAGCUGAAAAAGAGGAAGGAGAGGUUUGGGAUUCUCACUGCUGCUGCUGUAGUUGGGGCCGAAGAUAGCGAGGAAUUCCAGAUGGUAUCGGAGCAUGUCGAUGACCUAUAUAGUCAUCCAGCAAUGACAAGCAGCAAAGAAGAGGAAACGAGCAGACCGAUUUGGAAAUAAUUGAUUCAAUUUUAUAUUUGUACUUUUUUAAUGAUUUAAUUUUGUAUUUUUUAAAACUUGUUACUCUUGUUUUACAGUGGUAAAAUACCAACCUGUGCUGUUCAGUAAGAAAUAAUCUUUACACAAUGUAAAAGUUGGGAAAUUAAAGAUCUUAUCCAAUUUCCCAACAACCCUUAAGUAAACUUGCUGUUGGGAAAUAAGUCUGUGUACCCAAUUCGGUGUUAAAGGAACUCCUCCAGGGGAGGGAUGGUCCUGCUGUAUCUGCUCUGCUCUAGAGGGGAGAAGGGGUUGAUGUUCCCUGGCAGGGAUUUUAAUAACUAAACAACAUAUAGCUAAACCUGUCAAUAGGUGUUAUGGUACCACUGCUCCAGGUUUGUGACAUGUCACUCAGUGGACAUGCUGUAACAAGUGUGGAGGCACUAAGCUACUUUUCAGUUGGGAAUUCAUUGUUAUAUCAGAUAUCCACUUCAAUAGUUUGCCAGUUUGGAUUCCUGGCUGCACACUUAAGCUAACUUCAUAAUGAGAAAUGCAUCAUCUUACAGUAAUUUAAUAGUGCUACAAAAUACAUUUCAGACACUUAGGGAUGAUUUAGGCAUAGCAUUUCAAACAUGAAGUAUUGACUUGGCAUUGAUUUUUGAACAGAAACGCUAGUUGGCAUUUGGUGAUGUGAGCCAGGUAAACAAAAGCAUGGAUUGUUGUGGUCUCUGCUUUUCCAAAGACUACUUUCAUAUUGUUUUCCUUACACUGUGAUUUUUAAAUUGGGUGAACUAUCCCUUUAACACGUUUGCUAAGUGGGUUUAAUAAACAGUUAAUAAUGAAUAGAUUGUUUCUAGAUCUAAUAAAACGUGACUGUUAUUGGA